GCCACCAAAGCCAGCGGAGCGCAGCGGUGCAGCAGGACUCCCGACCGCCUGCUCUGGCUGCUCACCGCCGGACUCUCACCCACACCAGACACCAGCCCGCGGUGACACGCUUUUUAUUCGGACCCUGAAGCAUGUAAACGCGUGUUGCGCGUUAUUUUUUCUUCCUGCCGCGGCGCGACGGCGUAUCCGCUUUCGGGAGGAGGCUGAGCCAGUGAAGCGCCAGUGGAAGGAGUGGGAGGGCUUUACGGUGUUUUUUCGCUGGGUUUGAAAACAUAGGAAGAAAAAACAGCGAACAGCCACGCCGCCCACCAAACAAGGCGAAGCGCGCAUCAACAAUUUCGCAACCGCUGCUGCUGCCCCGUUUAAAUGUACAGGGGAGCGGAGGAGAGCAGACACCCGCAGACACAUACACACACGCGCACACACACACGGGCAGACAGAGGACUGCUGCUCUUACCCGACAGAGGAACUAACAAAAGGCAGAGAGGAGCAGCUUCCCCCCUCACCUCCAGCCCCUGCAACAAGCCAACACAUCCUGGACCGGUCUACCCUCUGAUCGCACAGAGAAGACCUCCAUCAGACUCUGAUGGAUGACCAUGCUGCCACCAAAGGGCUGUGAAGUCGUGGACGGUGGUGAACCGUCAAGUAUCGGAGCCAGCUGUACUUUCCUAACUUCACGCGGAGCCGUGCGACCUUUCUACUAGAUCUGUUUGUUUUUGACUUUGACGAUCUCUGAAAAUAUCCGCCAGUGAAUACAAGAAGGGACCAUCAACCCACCUUUCCAAAAUGGAGACUCUUUCCCAGGAUUCGAUUCUGGAGUGCCAGAUCUGCUUUAACUACUACAGCCCCCGCCGGCGGCCCAAACUCCUGGAUUGCCGACACACGUGCUGCUCGGUGUGUUUGACCCAGAUGCGCAGCAGCCAGAAGGAGAUUCGUUGUCCUUGGUGCCGUGGCGUCACCAAGCUGCCGCCGGGCCUGUCCGUCUCCCAGCUCCCGGAUGACCCGGACAUCAUCACUGUCAUCGCCAUCCCUCACGCCUCUGAGCACACGCCUGUCUUCAUCCGCCUCCCCAGCAAUGGCUGCUACAUGCUGCCCCUGCCCGUUGCCAAGGAGCGGGCGCUCGGCCUGCCGGGAGAGCUGGGAUGUCGCUUCCUGCCUGGCAGCCAGCAGAAAGGGGUUACCGUGGUGACCGUACCUGAGCAGCAGCCCCUGGGCCUGGCUAUGGGUUUAGAGGGUGUGGGGGUCGGGCUGGAGGGAGGUGAGGGCGAGAGGAGAGUUACUGGCCCGGUGGGAGGAGGCGGGAAGGGCUCCACGUGGUCCGGCGUGUGCACGGUGAUCCUGGUGGCCUGCGUGCUGCUCUUCCUCCUGGGCAUCGUGCUGCACAACAUGUCCUGCAUCUCCAAACGCUUCACUGUCAUCUCCUGCGGCUGAGGGAAGGGGGAGACUGCUCGGACUGCCGCAGACCCCCCCCCCCCCCCCGGAUUCCCCCACUAGCCCUGCCUCUCCUCAGGGCAGGACUCUGCUGAGGAGAGGACACUAAACUCACAUCAUGGGCAUACAAGGAAACUACAGAGCAAUGUAGAGAGACACAGAUGAAGGGGGCGAGGGCAAGGAGGAGACUCACAAAUGGUCUGCCAUCAUGUCCCAUUUUUUUUUAUUUGGGAGACUGAAAUGAAAAUAGAAAUAGAAAAACAACCCUUCACUUUCCUCUUUGUUUUUUGCCAGCUGAUAUGUUUUUUGGCUGGGGACCAGUCAAGUCACUCACACUCACAGCGGUUGGAGUGCCUGUUUAGUCUGUGGUUUGUAGAAGUACAUCAACUAUCAUAGUGUUGUUUAGAUGAGUGUAGGUUCCAAGUGUGCCGUCUCCAGCUGGUGCUGCAGUAAAGAGAGUCCGGACUUGGCUGCUCUCCAUUCUCUGAUGCUGCAGGAAUUGACUGUGCAAGAUGCACGCCUGGCCCCCAUCUGCAUCGUCUGGGAAACUCAAAAUCAACACGGCUUUCAUUUUCUCCUUUUGUUUCUUUGACACAACCUGUUCCUGUUCAGAACGAACUGUUGCUGUAAUGGUUCCAUUUAGUUAGUAAAGAGGUUGUCAAAAAAUACAAAACACAGACUGUAAUGUUCAUACAUGCCAGCAUAUUAUUCAGCUCAGCUAAAAUGGAUACUGGGUUGCUUUAGGCUUAAGAAUAUAAUUUAGUGCUUAAAUUAUGUGUUGAUUGGUUAAUUGGAAAUACCUGAUUAAUCUUUAAGUCAUUUAUUAAGCAAAAUUGCCAAAUGUUUGAUGGCUCCAGCUUCUUAAAUGUGAUGAUUCAAUGUUUUUUUUUCUGUUUUAUAUCGUUAAGUGAAUAUCUUUGGAUUUUGUUUGCACAAAACGAGCAAUUUGAAGACGUCACUUGGGUUCUCGGAACAUGCAAUGGUCACCGUUUUAUGACAUUGGCUUUACUAAACAAUGUUUUUAUUUACUAAGAUGAUUACAGAUUUGUGCAGCCUUCUAGUAGGAUGCUAAACAAAGAUGUGAUAAGUGGCUCAAAUACUUGAAUUAGCGAAAAUGUAAAAGUUUGACAUUUUGUUUAUCAGCCUCCUUUCAGACUUGGAUGAAAAGAUUAAUACCACCUUUUAUACGUCAAUUAGCUAUGGAAAAGACAAACAAAUAAACAAGAUAAAAGGUGUUGGUAGAUUUUUGAAUUUUUUUUAUUUCCAAUCUAAGCUAAUGGCCUCCUGGCGCCAGCUCUGCAUUUACCACACAUAUAUGACAGUGGUAUGGAUUUUCUCAUCUAACUCUCUGCAAGAGAGCCAGUAAGCCGAAAUGUCAAAAAUAUUCCUUUAAAUAAAAGCAAGAGGCUACAAAAUUUGAAAUUUAACAGAAGCCUUCAUGAGGAAAACAUUGUUGCUUUUAGUGUUUUUUUUUUUUUUUUUUUUUUUUUUUUGUGCUACUUCAGCAGUGCGUCCAUUUUUGUGUUUUCCCAUGGAUGCUCCAGCGAUUAUUUACUCUGUUCAUCUGCUUUUCAUCCUGACCUCCUUCAGUCCGAUCGUCCUCUAAAGACGAACUCUCCAGGUCAGACCAAACCUUUGCCGGCAGCCCACACACUAUCGACUUCUCAUCUUAAUACCUCCCUUAAUUUAGAAACUGGUGGAUAUAUGGGCUCAACAGUGCGAUGGUGUGUGUUUGUGUGUGCGAGUAAUGGGUCAGUAACGGGUCAGGAGUGGGUGGGCACUGCAGGGCUCCAGUUAAUGACGACUGUAUCGAUUUAUCUGCUUUUGAAUAUCUCUCGUAUCCACAGAGAUGGAUGUUUCUCUUUUGUUUUUCACUUUUAUAUGUUGAGGCAAGCAGUUUGUCCGUUUACUGUAUCGUUACAGCAAUGGAGUGCACAGCACACACAAACAGGGUGAACUCUUUUGUAUAGCAGCCUCGUCAUGUACAGAACGAUUGUAAUUUUUGUCUUUUUCUGAUCAUUUUCUUUUGUUGACAUGUUUAACUUCCGAUCUCAGAUUAGGGAGUGUCUAUGUGUUUGCUCUUUAAAUAACAAACAUUACAAGUUAUUCAGUUCACUUCAGGGCACUCGGAACAUGAGGAAAAAAAGUAAAAAAAAAAAAAAAAAAACAAGUUUGGUAUUUAGCAAUUUAGCAUAUAAAGAAUUAUAAACUGCACCGAAAUGUUAUAUAUAAAUACAUAUAUCCACUUGUUCACUUAAAAAUAAUUCCUUGAUAUUAUUUAAUAUCUAAAUUAUGGAGGAUCCAUUCACUCACAGUUAACAGAGUGAAAUUACAGGAACUUUUCUCUGAUGUUUUGUUCAAACUGCGGCUUUUUCAGUCUGCUUUGAUCUUCCAUAUGAGCAUGACCAUACCACCUUAAACCAAAGUCUAAAGUUUCCUCACUGCCAAACAUAAGUAUUUUAUUUUCCUUCAAAAUUAACAAAUUUUCCUUCUUUUUUUUUUUUCAUUGGGGCUUUUGUAAAUUAUUUGAUUCACCAUCUUCCCCUAAAGCAAAGUCUGAGAUUUCCUGCUCCUUAAACAGAAAAAAACGAGUCUGGACACCAUUUUGCAGCUCACGGCUUACUGCACAUGAAUAUUCUUUUGAAAAGGCGUUAGGGUCACAAUAGGGCAACUGUUUAUUUUGCAGAUGCAGCGAGAGGCUGUGUUAAGUUCAGCUGAACUGGUUCAUGUGGGACAUGUGGCUGCUGUUGCUAUGAGACUACGUUGAGAGUCCUUUUGAAGUUCAGAGCUCCUUUGCUGAAAGUUGAAAUAUUUUUAGCUCCCAAUGCUCAGCGCUCUGUGUAGGGUCUAAAAAAAAAAUUGAUUCCUCAGCACUUGAGUUUGAAGUUGUUUUUCUAGCAUGGCUUCACCCAAGACAACUAAUAAGAAAUAACGGAAAUUUUUGGCAUCUCAACUAUUAGUUACAAACCCCUUAUAAGCAAUAUUAACAUUAAAUAACUGGUUUACAACACGUAUAUGUAGUUGUAAGCAGAUAUAUGGACAUUAAGUGUAUAUUAAUGCAGAGUAUACAAUUAUAACUUGAAGACAUUUUAUAUUCACUAUGUUAUAUAUUCAUUAUACAGCAGCUUCCACUUAAGGGAGCAUAAUAACAUCAAUUGUUGGCAAAUACAAUAUUAAUCAUUUAUAACUGCUUACAAUUACAUUAUAUUGUUUUACAGACUGUUUAUUAAAGUUGAACGUGAGGUUAAAAAAAAUACAUGUUUGAUCUUACAAUUUCUUGUCACAAUUUUACUGUAUUUCCAUUGGGAAAGUGAAUUUAAAAAAAAAAGUAUAAAGACUUAUUUGGCAGAUACAGACUUAACUGUUCAUCAUGGGCUUUUACACUCACAAGUACAGUACAUCACACGCAAUGUGAGAGGCACAGUGUGGGAUCUUUUGGGCUUUGUGGCAAAAUCUGAUCCACUGUGACACUGAGGGGGUGUUUAUGGGCCAGUUCACAAAAAAAAAGAAGAAAAAAAAAGACGGAUUUGAAGGAAACUACUUUUCUAACAAAAAGGUUGUCCCUUUGAAAACUCUUCACUGUGUGCAGAAAGUGCAUUAUAACCAGAGUAAUGGGGACGCAGUUGUUGCUGCUGAAAGUCCAUUCACCUCAACUGUAAAGACCAGGACAAAUAAAACCAAAAGCUGUCAAGGCUGAUAAAUCAGACGAUGUAAAAGAAACUCAAGAUGUUUUGAAACUGUCACCUUUGUGUUACACCCACAACUAUUUCUUGUUUGCAAUCAUUAAAGAAAUAAGAAAAUCUUUGUAUGUCAGAAAAUCUAUCAGCUGGAGUUUUUUGAACUCUCAAAUAUCAACAUCAGUAUCAACCUCAGAAAUCCUGAAUGAGUCAGACUGAAAUGGCGACAUCACUAAAUGCAUAAUUAAGUGGAAAAAUAUUUUGUAGGAAUUUUGGUGAACCAGCUCUUCAUUAAGCCCUCAAGCUUGGCACAAACUCUUAAGCAAUCAGCUUGUUUGCCUCACAACCUAAUCACUCUCAUUUUUUUACACUAUCAAUACCAAUAAUAACAUUGAUUGCUAUGCUAAAUUAUUCUAAUUAUUAUUAAUUGUUCUUGGAUCCAAGCCCAUACCACUUCCAAUUCAAAGCAGUAUAAACAGCUGUAACAUGCCGUUGGUGAUUAUCCACACACAGGUCUCACUCUAUGAUAAAUGAACCUGUUUGUAGGUCUUUUCCUUUUGCCAAUCCAGCAUGAAUGAGGCACUAAACAUGAUGCAAUGCAACCUUGUUUGUUCUAAUAGAUAAUAUGUGACAAUUGAUUUAAAAAUGAUAAAUUCUUCCAUCUCUUAACACAGCACUGUUCCUGCCAUAAUUCAAACUUUUCAUCCUUUCAGUCACAUGACAUUUGUCUGUAACUUUGAAAGAAUAUCCUGCCUCUGAAUCUCCUUCCUGCCCUCUGUUAAUCAUCGUUUUUUCAAAUUCAGAAACUGCCCUCUACGACAUUUUUACAGAAACUUAAAAAAAGAGUGAAGGCUAGAGACGCGUAGAAAGGAGGCUUUUCAUUUCUGUGCCUGUGUGUUUGUAAAAUGCUGUGAAGUUCCUGUUGUAGUUUCCUGUUUGCGUUGGGUCUGACGACGCAAGCAGCAGCUGUUUUUGGUGAACUAUUAAAGCAAAUGCUCUGAAUCUGAA